AUGAGCGCGGACGAGGCGCCGCAGCUGCAGCUGGCCGUGUGGUCGCCCGCGGGGUCGGCGCUCGCCUUCGUCUACCGCAACGACAUCUACUACCGGCCGCGCGCCGACGCCGAGACCGUCAAGGUGACGCACACGGGCCGCCCGGGCGUCGUCUUCAACGGCGUGCCCGACUGGCUCUACGAAGAGGAGGUGCUGCAGACGCGCCACGCCCUGUGGUUCUCGCCCGACGGCCGCGCGCUGCUCUUCGCCACCUUCAACGACACGCAGGUGGACGAGCUGCGCUUCCCGUGGUUCGGGGGCGGCGCCGCGCGCCUCACGCAGUACCCGGAGCUGCGAUCGCUGCGCUACCCCAGGAUAUCGGAAAGCUGA